AUGACCGAGUACUGGGUUAGCCAAGGGAACAAAUGGUGCGAUUUCUGCAAAAUCUUCCUCUCCAACAAUCCUUCCAGCAUAAGGAACCACGAGCUAGGGCAGCGCCACAAGGACAAUGUCGCGAAGCGGCUAACUACUAUGCGCCAGGAGAAGGUUGCCAAGGAGAAGGCCGUGAAUGAAGCCGCUCGUGCUCUCGAGCAAAUUGAAGCUAAAGCUAAACGUAGCUAUCAAAAGGAUGUGGCAACCUUGAAGGAGGCCGGUGAUGCCCGUGCACUGGAUAUCCUAGAAGAUAGUAAGGAAAAAUGGGCAAUCGACAGUACUUCAGGCUACUACUACCAUAACGAUAAUGGUUUGCAUUACGAUCCAAAUUCUGGCUUCUAUUACUCUGAUGCUAUAGGCAAGUGGGUAACACAACAGGAGGCGUAUGCUGCCAUUAAGGCUUCAUCAGACGGCAAGCACCAAAAGCCUUCAGUCUCGAUGCCAAUUUCUGUAAAACAGAAAACCAGUCCAGUUCCAUGUGGCCCACCACCCGGUCCAGUUGUCACAGCAUCCUUAAACCCCACGAGAUCAGUCAAAGGUAAAACUUCAGCAGUCACUGUGAACAAGAGAAAGAGAGAAGAGAAGCCAAAGGUUUUAUCUCAAGAAGACAAAGCUGCACUUAAAGCAAGGGAGGCUGCUAAAAAGAGGGUCGAGGAUAGAGAGAAAGGAUUCCAUGGCCUUUACGGCGGCAAACGAUGA